AUGUCUAGCGCGUCUCCCAAUCGUCUUCGCACCAAAACUUCCGACCUCACGGAUUUUUUUCGUGGUGCUGGCAACUCUGUGGCCCAGCCUCGCAGCUCUCAGAGUCAAAAGGAUCUGUCUUCAACGCAUUUGGAGGUCCCCUCUGGAGAUGAGGCGUCAAAGAAGAAAACUACACGCAUUCCAUUAUUUGGACGGUCGCGCAAAAAAUCGACACAAUCCACGGCUUCGAGCCCAUUUGCGUCGACCAGCGGCGUACGGGAAUCUACCGACACGGGGGUGCAUCUUGGCAGAGCGUCAAGCUCAAGCGCAUUGGACAGACACCCUUCCGAGGCUCCUGCACACAGCACAACGAUUCCACCCCCACUUCCUGUACCUAGUAAGCCGCUCAGCAGGGUACCUACGUCUCUCAGUUCCAAAUUCGCCGCCACCUUUUCUCAUUCUCGAUCAUCGAAGGCGGCGGGGGUCUCUUCUCAAACGGAGCUUCGGUCGAAGCCUCCUGUAAGCUAUCCCUCGGGGCGUGUGCAACCAGAGAACAACGUCAGGUCCGUGUCACAGGGUGAAUCAGGUUCAGGUUCUUCAGUAGACAAGAAGGUUCCCACAUCCGCAACCCGACCCGCACGGCCCACAAUAACUGUUUCGCUUUCCGAAGAUGACGACGAAGAGUUUAAGGAUCUGUUUACUCGCUCUACUGAGGAACUAGAGGAGUAUUAUAAAGCCCUCGAGCUCGCUAAGCAGCAGCAGAGGCAAUCCGAAGACUCUCAUAAGAUGUCGGCACGUUCAAGCUCAUCUUUAGGCUCGCCAGUCGAGAUGUCAUCAUCCCCAUCGAUUUACAAGCGUGGAUAUACUCCUGCAUCUGCCAUCGCUGCAGCAGUACGUCAUCAGCAUGUUCCCAGCGUUGAAAGCGAUCGUCCGUCCAGUACGUCUUCGAAGAACUCAAGAAAGAACUCUGACUCGGACAAAAGCCUCGACAAAGUUGAUAGAACUUCAACUCCGCGCCCUCCUGAGUCUCAAGAAUCUCCUCGGCUUACUAGCGCUGAUAAGGACAGAAUCCUACCUCCCUCUCUGAGUCGCAGAUCCACUAUGGCUGUAGGAUCUAUUGCCUACCACUCAGACGGUUCAGUUCGAUCGCGGAUGAAAUUAGGCGCAACCCAAAGCCGAAGUAAGCCACCAACAAUACCCCUUCCUCUUCUUCCCCCUUCAAGUCCCCCACCAUCGAGCCCGCUUCCCCCUAGCCCGACAAUUCCGCCCAAUAUUCCUGAGAGUGCCACAGUUCAAUCUGAGUCCGGCACUUCGCGUAAAGUUUAUGUCCGCCCCAGAGCUCACACAAUUAGCUCCUCUACUACUUCCAUCCCUCCAUCUCCGCUCUCUCAAUCUACUACGACUAAAGCUGACGAUAACAUACCCCCCUCGACUGUAACCAUCUCGCCCCCCCCUGCUGAAGAGGAAACGCUCGACAUUGACACCGCUUCUGCGGAACAACUGCGACAAGCUCUCCGCACUCGAAACGAGCAGUAUGCCGAAGUUACAGCUCUCGUAGUAAAGCUUACUGAGCAACAUCAUGCGGAGAUUGCUGUUCUAGAAAAAAAGAUUGCUACUCUGGAGAAGGAAGCUCGUAAACGGGACACUCAAAUCAAGGGAUUCACCUGGAUGCUGAAUGACGCGGAGUCGCAACAACAGCCAAAGCCUCUGCCACCUGGAAUCUUAAAUCAGUCCCGGUUUGCACCAAGCGCUGCUAAUGUGGUCAGCAGCGAUUCCGAAUAUGAGAUCCACAGGAUUCAUCCUAAUACACACCGUCGACUAGUCUAUCAGAGCGACUCUGGAGCCGACUCGCAUGCGACCUCCGGGGCCGAAGGAGGUUCCGCUACAGAAUCCAUUUCUUCCGCCUUCCGCGUCCGCAAGUUGCGUCGCCCCUACCCAGUCGGCGACGGCACUCAGGCGGCAAGUAUUACUCGCUCUGGGACACUACGCUCACCCAAGCUUCCCCCUGCUGCCAACAGCGAAAAAGCUCUUCCAGAGAUGCCAUACAUGCCCACCUCUAUGGCCAUGGCUACUAAACGAUCUUCUGUCAGUUCGACGACUGUCUCUCCUUCGUCGUCAACUUCCUCUCUCUUGCCUCCUAGUCCAAGCAUCACUGUGUCCUCUCUCUCUGCUAUUCCUGAAGGCUCAAAGCCUCUGGGAAUACUCCACACUACUACAAGGUAUGACAGCUCUUCCGAACAACAAGACGAACGUCGAGCUGCCCGGGCAUCACAUCGGACAUCACUGUCAUCCUUGACUUCUUCCUCCACCGCGGCAAGCAGUUCUUACUCGGCUAACAUAAAGCGUAGUCGCCCCCCUUCAAUUGCUCAGGUCUUGGAAAAAUCGCCAUCGAACAUGAGCGAGGUAUUGUAUCUGAAAAAAUGA